CGGGACGGAUAAAAGUGUAACGCUGCGCUCGAGACGUGACGUCACUGAAGGAUUUAAGGUUAUGGAUGAUGAGCGGAAGCCCUGAAUGAGCAGAGCCCAGCAAGAUGAUUGUGACAAAGGCGCACUCCCUGCUGAGACCCGUGGUUCUGUUCGGGACCGUUCCCUGGCGAGUGACUCACAAGCUGGCCUCGUUCCAGGAGGCCUCCAGGCUGCCGGAGAAGAAACUCCAGGACUUGCUCUUCCCCCUGGCUGCUCUGGAGGGCGAGCUGGUCAGGGGAGCAGGUGACAUCAACCUCCAGCUGUUCCGGCCCAGCGCCGAAGACAUCGCCAGGGCCGAGAAGCUCUUCACCCCAUCUCCUAAACACAAGAUUGAUUACUUCUCCUCGGCCGUGAGGAUGGACCACGUCCCGCUGAUAAGCCAGCCUGAAGUGUGUUUCCUCGGGAGGAGCAACGUGGGCAAGUCGUCGCUCAUCAGGGCUCUGUUCUCCCUCGCCCCCAGUGUGGAGGUCAGGGUCUCUAAGACUCCAGGUCACACAAAGAAGAUGAACUUCUUCACGGUGGGAAGGGCGUUCACCUUGGUGGACAUGCCAGGAUAUGGCUACAGAGCCCCCACGGAUUUUGUGGACAUGGUGGAGUCCUACCUGGAGACCAGGAAAAAUCUGGUGAGGACCUUCCUGUUGGUGGACGGAUCUGUGGGAAUACAGGAAGCAGACAGGGUUGCCAUGGAGAUGAGCGACGAAUUUGGGCUUCCUUUUGUGAUCGUGCUGACAAAGAUUGAUAAAGGCAGGAAGGGGGUGCUGUUGACUAACCUUCUGCAGGUGCAGGAAGUCAUCAAGAGGCACACUGCCUGCUGUUACCCACAGCCUUUCCUGGUCAGCUCCACCCAGUUCUCAGGGGUCCAUCUGCUUCGCUGUUUCAUCGCCCACGUGACGGGGAACAUUGCCCUGAUGAGCGAUGCCAAAGGCAGCUGACCUUCCAUGCAGGCGCUUCACACUGCUUGGACCCGAGCAGAGCAGCUCUAGACCUGAGGCUGUUUCAGCAUCGCUCUGACCUCUGGUGGUCAGCACUUGAUGAAGUGCCUGUUUCAUUGUAAAACCCUUCCCUGGGGUUUCAGAUUUAAAUCGCAUGAUUACUGUAAUUUAUACUGUAGUACAUGUGGAUUCUUGAAGGCUGGAAUUGUUGAACUCAGUCUUAAUCCAUCUGUGUUUGUCAUUUUAUCCUGUAAAUAUGUUUCUUUGAAGAGUGGAAAAUUCUGACUAUGUUCCAAGCAAUUUUUCCAAUAAAAGUGAAAGCCAAGACUUGGACUAAUUGCCUUGAUGUUCUUUAGCUCUUCAAUUGCAUACGGCCACUAAGUGUUGAUGUAACUGGUUCAGCUGCCAUUCCUGUUGUUAAAUAAUAGAAUGCUUUAGUGGAAGUGUGAUCUUAUACUUUAUUCCACCUAUCAAAACCAGCCCAUUCAUGUGGACUCUUUAAACUUUAAACAGGCUCCCACAGGUCAUAAG